AUGGAGCAACUCAGGAAGGGUCGGAGAUUGAUACUCUUCCCACUGCCAUUUCAAGGCCAUAUUAAUCCCAUGCUUGAGCUAGCCAAUAUUCUAUACUCGAAAGGCUUCUCCAUAACCAUAAUCCACACCAGCUUCAACUCUCUCAACCCUUCAAGCCAUCCACACUUCACCUUCCAAUCAAUCCAUGAGGGCUUCUCCAAAAACGCAACCUCAAAGGAUACUCUCCUCGUCAUUUCUAGUCUAAAUGCAAAGUGUCAUGAACCAUUCAGGGAAUGCUUAACCAGGUUGUUGUCCGACGUUUCGAAAGAGCCUGUUGCUUGCUUAAUCACAGACUCCGUCUAUGAUUUCACUCAAUCUGUUGCAGAGAGCCUAAAGCUGCCAAGGAUUCUGUUAAGGUCUUGGAGUGCCUCUUCGUUUGCUAUUUAUGCUGCAUUUCCACUUCUUCGAGAGAAAGGUUACCUCCCAAAACAACAUUCUCGACUAGAAGAGGAAUUGACAGAGCUUUCACCUUUCAAGGUUAAAGACCUUCCACUUAUCAACAGUGAUGGUCCAGAGAGAUAUUUUAAAAUUAUUGCUGACUUGGAAGAUCAAACCAAGGCCUCAUAUGGAUUGAUUCUUAAUACUUUUGAAGAGCUUGAUGACCGUGCACUGGCCUCAAUUCGCCAGAAUUACUCUAUUCCGAUUUUCUCACUAGGACCAUUUCAUAAGUGCUACCCCAACUCUUCUUCAACCUCAAGUAGCUUAUUAGCACAAGACCAGAGUUGCAUUUCAUGGCUAAACACACAAGCACCAAAAUCUGUUAUUUAUGUUAGCUUUGGAAGCAUUGCAGCAAUAAAGGAAGAUCAGUUUUUAGAGAUAGCCUGGGGACUAGCCAACAGUAAGCAGCCCUUCUUGUGGGUGGUUCGACCCGGAUUAGUCCCUGGGUCAGAUUGGCUUGAAGCAUUACCUAGUGGGUUUCUUGAGACCUUGAAUGGUAAGGGGCACAUUGUUAAAUGGGCGUCUCAAAAAGAGGUGCUUGCCCAUCAAGCAGUUGGAGUGUUUUGGACUCACAAUGGCUGGAAUUCUACAUUGGAGAGUAUUUGCGAGGGGAUCCCUAUGAUUUGUUUGCCAUGUUCUGCUGAUCAAAUGCUGAAUGCAAGAUAUGUAAGCGAUGUUUGGAAGGUUGGGUUGCAGUUAGAAGAUGGGGUUGAGAGAGGCAACAUUGAAAAAACCAUCAGAAAACUAAUGAUGGAGAAAGAAGGGGAGGAGAUCAAAGACAGAGUGGAAAAGCUAAAGCAGAAGGCAAAGGUUUGCCUGAAACCAGGUGGCUCCUCGUAUCAAUCCUUAGAUGCCUUGAUCAAACACAUUUUAUCAUUCGACUAG